AGUAAUUUGUUAAAUGACAGAAUGAAUUAAUAAAAAACUUAAAUCAUGAUCAUUAUGCUUUUAAGCAAUUCCUUAAUGUCGAGAUGAUGACAUCAUGUCUUUGUAAGCUUUUGAUAGGUUUAUUGACAACAACUGAGACACAUCUGUGGUGACAUUCGUAAAACACUACCUCUUUGUGUAAAAAAUGGGAAAGCUAAAAGAAACCAGCCAAAAUAUCAGGGGAAGCCAUCUCCUCUGCUCUUCACCUGAGCCUGGCACACCUGGAGUAGAAAAUCACAAACUUGCGGAUGCUGUUUUUGGACUUCAGUUCACCUUUCUGUCUUUCAACACCAUCAUCCCACUGCAUCUGAUAAGGAAACUGGAACAGCUGGGCUUCAAUACACCGCUCUGCAAUUGGCCUCUAGACUUCCUCACCAACAGAUCUCAGUCAAUCCAGGUCGGACACAACACCUCUGAUGUCAUCACCCUGAGCACAGGUUCCCCUCAGGGCUGCGUCCUGAUCCCCCUGCUGUUCACCUUGAUGACACAGGUGGUGGGCCUCAUCAGUAAUGACAAUGACCAGGACUACAGAGAGGAGGUUGUUGUUUCUGCACCAGCCCACCAGCUGCUCCACCUCCUCUCUGUUGCCCAGGUCAUUUUUGUCUCUGAUGAGGCCACCACCUCAGUUCAGGAACAGCAUCCAAACCUUGGAUGUUCUUCUCCUCCCGGUGUGCCAGGCUCAGUAGUGGUAGCGGAGGAGAUGGCCUCCUCACAGGAACGAUUCAGCUGGCAGGCAAACUCCAAUGCGGGGGGGGGGGGGUAG